ACCGUAAAAUCAUAAAUCGAACCAAACCAAACCGAACAAACCGACCCGUUUGGUUACUUUUCUGACCAAAGUUGUUUGACGUAAUAGGCCUAAUAAAACACAAACAAGGUAAUGACUUAUGACCCAAAAAAAAACAUAUGGGCCGUUUCCAGCCCGUUAACAUGCCCAAAAUACUACAUGUCGUUUUUAUCGUCUUGGUCAUUAGCUUUCGAACUGCACAGCAGAGUUGCAAGAAGUUGCAGAAACCAAAGAAUACCAACGAGUAUUUCCAACCUGAAACAAACAGAUGACCGCAAACAAUUCGAACUCGAAAUCGAAUCAAGAAUGGUGAGAGCCUCUGCACUAAAACCCAGCAGCAAAUUCUUCCUGAGAAAGCACAGGAAAUGGCCAGUGUCGCCCUACAACACCAGGUGGCACCAAAUCUUCAACCAAAACCAAGCCUUCCAGAGCCUCAAAAAAUCAUUGCCGCCGCCGGAAAACCAGCCGCACCUCCUUCUUCCGACGCUCGUUUACUCCUUCAACACCUACAACGUCGACCCAACUCCGGAAGCCUACCACUUUGUCCUCAAAACUCUCACCAAAACCUCCCAAUUCGACAGCAUCGCUCCGGUUCUCCGCCGCCUCGAAACCGUCGAAAAGUUCGACACGCCGGAGCAUAUUUUUGCCCAUCUGAUUGGUUUUUAUGGUCGUUGGAACAGAACCCAGGAUGCCAUUGAUCUGUUUUACAGGAUUCCCAGGUUCAGGUGUGUCCCUUCUGCUCACUCUCUCAAUGCAUUGCUGUAUGUGCUUUGUGGGUCCUGUGAAGGUCUUAAAUUGGUGCCUGAGAUUUUGCUCAGGAGCCAUGUAAUGGGCAUCCGGCUCGAAGAAUCGAGCUUUCGGGUUUUAAUCAAUGCACUGUGUGGAAUUGGGAAGGUUGGAUAUGCUAUUGACAUUAUGAAUUGUAUGAUGAAUAAUGGGUAUGGUUUGAAUGUGAAGAUUUGCUCUUUGAUAUUGUCAUCAAUGUGUGAACAGAAGGAUUCAGAGGGUGUUGAUGAUGGGUUUUUGGGAGAAAUGCAGAAGCUUGGGUUUUGUCCUGGGAUGAUGGACUAUUCCAAUGUGAUUAGGUUUAUGGUGACAGGGCGGGGUUUGCAUGCUUUAAAUGUGUUGAUUAAGAUGAAAGGGGAAGGAAUUAAGCCUGACGUUAUUUGUUAUACCAUGGUCUUACAUGGCGUUAUCACGGAAGGGGAUUUCAAGAAGGCGGAUCAGGUUUUUGAUGAGUUGCUUGUGUUGGGUUUGGUUCCUGAUGUAUAUACUUACAAUGUAUAUAUAAAUGGUUUGUGUAAGCAGAAUAAAGUUGAAUCGGGAUUGAUGAUGAUUUCUUCUAUGGACGAGUUGGGUUGCAAGCCUAAUUUGAUUACUUACAACAUCUUGCUGAAGGCCCUGUGUAACAAUGGGGAGCUUAGGAGGGCGAGAGAGCUUAUGCGUGAGAUGACUUUAAACGGUGUUGGGGUAAACUUGCAGACGCAUAGGAUUAUGCUGGAUGGUCUGUUUGGCAAAGGAAACAUUGAGGAAGCUUGUGUUUUUAUGGACGAAAUGUUAGAUAAGGUUCUUGUUCGUUUUUGUUCCUCUUUCGAUGAGGUGAUCUAUGGGUUGUGCCAAAGGGGUUUGGUUUGUAAAGCAAUGGAAUUGCUGAAGAAAAUGGUUGACAAGAACGUUGCGCCUGGAGCAAAGGCUUGGGAAGCACUGCUCCUUAGCUCAGGAUCUGAACCCAGCUUAGAAGAGACUACUUGGACGGGUUUGGUGGAGCCAAUGGUAUCACUUCCAUAGGUGAUGGAUCACCAGUUAACAGUGCAUCUGAUGUUUAUGCUUACCAUGCGUAUUCAAAUGGUUUGUGCAAGCAGAACAAUAUGGAGGCAGGAUUAAACAUGAUUUCGUGUAUAAGAGCUGGGGUGCAAGCCUUAUUCGAUUACUUACAACAUCUUCUUAAAGGCAUUAUGGAAAAACGGGGAGCUUACUAGAGCAACAAGCGAGAUGACGUUAAAAGGGUCUCGGAGUUAACUUGCAGACUUAUAGGAUUAUGUUGGAUGGUUCGUCUGGCAAAGGAGACGUUGAUGAAGCUUGUGUCUUUAUGGAAGAAAUGUUAUAUAAGGUUCUCGUUCAUUUUUGUUCCUCAUUCAGUGAGGUAAUUUACUGGUUGUGCCAAAGGGGUUUGGUUUGUAAAGCAAUGGAAUUGCUCAAGAAAAUGGUUGACAAGAACGUUGCGUCAAGACCAAAGGCUAGGGAAGCACUGCUCCGAACCCGGUUUAGAAGAGACUACUUGGACUGGUUUGGUGGAGCCAGUUAUAGCACCAACAGAUAACCAGUAAACUGUGCAUCUCUUUGUCAUACAUGUACCAUUAGUUGUUUGUGCCGUAUGGAAUCCACAGCGACAGUUGAUUGACUUCACCUGCACAGUGCAAAGCUGAAGCAUAAGUUAGCUGCAUGCAUCCAUGUGCAUCAGAUUCCUUUACUUCUAACAUUUUGCUGAAGAUGGGCAAUUGAGCCUGACUCGUUGUGCUGUCCUAGUGCCGGCCUUUUGUCUCUAUGUCCCAAAAUGUUGGCAUAAAACUGUAUGUACAUUCAUACCAACCUAGAUUCUUCUGUUUUACUUGCUAGCCUAUGGUGGUGUUACUCUUGUUCUUGGUUUGUUCUUAAACCAAACCAUUCAGUGAAAUUUUUCUUGAGGACCGUUCGAUACCAGCAUAUACCUGACCAUUAUCAACGGUCCUCGAUCACUCAA